AUGAUCAAUCCUCAUCGGGUUGUGGAAAUAUUAAGUGAUUUAGUUUCUGAGCGGUUAUCUUUACAGGAUCGUAAUAACUCACAUACUAGACAUGAUGAAGAAAUUGCUAAACAUUUAUUUGAUCACGUUGAAUCAAUUCUUGACAGCACACAAUACUCUUUCGAAACUGAACAUACCAUUGAUUUUGAUGAUGAAUGUAACACAGAACAGCUACAGAAAGAUGAUGAUGGCGAGGAGGAGAGCGAAGGAGAAGAUGAUGAUGAAGACGAUGAGGAGAAAGAGGAUGAUGAUGGCAAAGACGAGGAGGAAGAAGAAGAAGAUAAUGAUGAUGAAGAGUACGAAUCAGAGCAAAUGGAUAUUGAUGUCGAACAGUUUCAAAGAGAACUCAUGGAAGCAGAUGAUGGUCAACAUUAUGACUUACGGGAGAACUUUUCUACACUGUAA